AUGCAUGGUGAUACCAAUACUGAUGCGGCGCUCCCGGGAGACAAAUGGGGCCCUCCGAAGGCGAAAGAGCCCCACGUCGGCGGCUCGCUUUUCCGGCUCUUCGUGGCGGCGGGGGAGGAGGACACCUGCGCGCCGGAACCCUCGCAGCUGCACGGCCUCUCGUCCUGCGGCUUCAACGCCACUAAUCCCCUCAUCAUCAUCGGCCACGGGUGGUCGGAGCACUACGAAUAUUCAUUCCGGAAGUUUCAUUUGAUCGGCUACAGUCUCGGAGCUCACAUCUCUGGAUUUGCCGGAAGCUAUUUUAAAGGGCCAGAACGAAUCGGAAGAAAUCCUAGUCUCGACCCCGCCGGCCCGUUGUUUGAAGGCGUGUCGCCCGUGGACAGACUGUCCCCCGAUGACGCCGAGUUCACGGACGCCAUUCACACGUUCACCCACGGGCGUCUGGGCCUGAGUGUGGGCAUCAAGCAACCUGUGGCUCAUUAUGGGUUUUACCCCAACGGGGGCGACUUCCAACCUGGAUGCGACCUACGUAACAUCUACGAGCACAUCUCCGAGUACGGACCUGUUGGCUUCGGGCAAACGGUGAAAUGUGCCCACGAGCGCUGCGUGCAUCUCUUCAUUGACUCGGUGCUCGACGAAGACCAGCCGAUCAGGGCAUACGGGUGCAGCAACAACCGGGCUUUCGACAAAGGCGCCUGUCUGGACUGUCGAAGGAACCGCUGCAACACACUAGGCUACAACAUCGAGAAGGUCCGCACGGCGCAACACAACAAGAGGCUCGAGCUGAAAACACGCUCCAGGAUGCCCCGCAGGCGUAUUGUGCAUUGUGCUGCUCCUUGUGUGUGCACCUUGACCCCCAAGGUGCAGUAUUCCUACACCUUCUUGAUCACCCUGAACAGACAUUGGGGGGGGGGUCUGAUGUUGCUCACGUUCCACUGGAAGGGAUCGGCUCUGUGGAAGAACGUGUGGAACAGAGUGCAGACCAUCAUGCCUUGGGGCGGACAUGACACCAAACCACUGCUGACUGUGGGCAAGAUCAGUGUCAAAGAUGGAGACACGCAAGACCGUCCGCCGACCACGAAGAAGAAGAGUGGCGAAAACCAACGAAGACGAACGCGCUCGAAGACGUGCUCGUGCAAAAGUGUGUCUUAA